AUGGAUGACGAUAAAACGUUAAAGAAAUAUUUUGAGAUAUGGUGGAAUGGGAUAAAAAGUUUACCAGAGACGACCUCCAUACAUGGAUUUAGAUUUAUAGCGGACUCCAAAAGGCACUGGCUAGAGAGAAUAUUUUGGUUAAUUUUCGUAGCGCUGUCUUGGUACGGUUCGUCUUUGUUAAUCGCUGCCCAAUAUGAUGCGUUCCAAAAUAAUCCUAUCUCAUUCGUCGUAGAAACAACAUAUAAAGAUUGGGACACACAUUUCCCCUCAGUAGCCGUUUGUGAAAAUGAUAACACCAAACGCAUCGAAGAAAUAUCUGAUGGAUUAUGGGGAGAAGGUCAUGAUUUUAAUAUGGAAGAAGUUCUGAAGGAGCUGGCAUAUUUUAAAGGGAUAACAUAUUAUACUUCCGAAUUUUGUGGGGCAGAAAAUCCUCUGCCAGAUUGCGUCAAGACUAAUCUCAGUCAAUAUGCAAACUUGAUUCGAAGUACUUGCGAUGAGAUAUUAACAAACUGCUCGUGGAAUGGAAUUAAUUUUCCAUGCUGCAAAUAUUUUAGACCAUUGGACACUGAACUUGGGACAUGUUAUGCCAUUAAUACUAUUCAAGGAAGGUAAGAUUAAACUUUUUGAUUUUUUUUUUUUUUAAAUGGAUGAUAAUGGAAUGGUAACCCCACUCGCGCUAUCGGUAUACACCGGCGGGGCACCAGUGAAGGAUGAUAGGUGAGGAUGAAGUAGUUCAGUUAGCCCAUCGUGACGAAUUCAACAAGAAUUGUUCACGAUGGUUUCCAGGGGGAACCACUUUUUGAUAUUACUUCUACUGUGAUCUAUGUAUUACGGUUUAUAGACUGUAACUUCCCAUUAUCUAUCAAUCCGCUUAUUCCUCUCAUUUUUCUCAGAGUUA